UUGAUUGCCUUUUUGGGAUUUUCUCACCGCCCAGCAAGGUAGCCUAGUACUGGCGUCUCUUACAUAGCUUAUCGAUACGAUGUCGCAUCACACUAGUGACUUUAGUAGCCCUCCUCCGGCGUACCAGCAUCAUGCUUCAAUGCCGCAAACAUCUAAUCAUACUUCGCAAGGAGACACACACGAUCAUGAUUGUCAUAGGCAUCACGGACAAUGCCAGCCCACGAUGCAUAUUGUAGUACCAACGAUUCCUCAGUCUACUAGGAUGGUAAUUCAUUCAAGGUACAAUGAGGUUGACCCUCUCCUUCCAACAGGAAGACGACGGAACAAUGGCCCAGGAUGUUGCUUCUUUACAAUUCUCGGAACCGUGAUCAUUUUGGGGGUGUUUGCCAUCGCUUUCUUCUCAUUUGCGCCCCUCAAUGAGUUUUCUUGGACCAAUAUCGAAUCUCAUUCCUGCACCACUUAUGCAACAAAGGAGUACGUGGCAGAGCUCAACGCGUCUCGUUGGAACCGUCAUAGGAUGAAAAUCUGCAUGGCUACUCCGGUGUUUGUUCAUGGCUGGCCUCACUGGCCCUCCAGAUGCGAAGAUCGCUCAGGCACGGCGAUUGGCUAUUUUGCCAUUAACCAUGACGAACCAGACUGCGUUACUUACUGGAGUGGAUAUAGGGACAUGGGCUGUUCCGCUAGAGGCUCGAAGAAGAGGCACAUCGAGCAACGUCUCGAGAACUUGCCUUUCCGAGCAGAUUAUAAGGAGUUUUGUGCAACAACCCCUACACGUUUCCUAGACCGUACAUUCUCUGGCGCAGACUCAUGCGUGAAUAAUAUCUGGGGCGUCUACGGACAGUGGUUCAUCGACGACUAUAGUUGUUAAAGCAAGCGACGAGCGUCGUUUCUCGUACUCAACAACUCGAUCCCUAUUU